UGGAUUUUAUUUUAUGUAUUUAAAUACAUUAUUCUGUCAAAGGUGUCCAUGAUACAAAAAAAGGUUAAGAACUGCUUUCAAGUCUUGAUGUCCUGUGUCUCCUUUCCUGAUAUUUUGCUGUGAUGACUUUUAGUGUAGAAAGAAGCAACAUAAAACUAGAACUUGUAUUUGUAUUUGCUUCAUGGGUUGUCAUGGCCCAAAAAUCAAUCAACCAGUGACCAAUCUCAUGGGGAUCAGUUUCUAUUUAUUGAGCAGAGCUUGUACUCUGUUAGUACCAUAAUACUAUAUCACAGUAUAACCUAACCCAGUAGCUUCUGUCAAAAUGGAACCUAAUAGAGGCAAACCUCUCUUAUAUCCUUUGAGAAACCAAGGGUCAUCCAUGACAUAAAGAGGUAUUGGAAUAGAAGAUGUGUAUAAGCCUGGAACAAAGCACAAAUUCCUCAGCAUGAUAUUUCAAGCCUAUCAAAAUUUGUUUCAACUUUAUUUUUCUCAAUUUAUUUCAUGUUAUUCUCCUCCAUUCACUUUAUAUUCCAGUCAGCCUGGCCUACUUGCCAUUCCUGGAACUUGGCAUUUUGUCUCCCUCUACUGUGUCUCGUGUGAAUUUCAAAAUGGGGAAGGAGCACAACGUCUGAGGCAGGAGGCAGGAGGUAGCUGUCGCAUGCAUGUUUUUAAACUCGAUGUCACUCAAGAUCAAGAUGUGGUGGACGCCAAGGACUUCCUCCUGAAGAAUCUGCCUGAAAAGGCUCUCUGGGGACUAGUAAAUAAUGCUGGUCUAGCACUGUGUGGUAAGAUGGAAUGGAUAUCUUUUGAUGACUUAAAAAAAGUUAUAGAUGUCAAUGUUUUGGGAAGCAUCAGGACAACUCUAAAACUUCUUCCUCUUAUAAAAAAGAGUCAAGGUUUCUCUUAUUGAACCAGGAAACUAUAGUCCUGCCACUAAUAUUUUGAAAGUACAGAGUGUGGAAAAAUACUGGAAUACAUUUGAUGAAGAAACUAAAGCAAGCUAUAGUAAAGAAUACCUACAAUUAUUUUUUAACAGAUUGAAUUAAAAAUUAAAAAAUGGAAAGCAUGACUCAAAAGAAGUUAUUGAUGCUAUAAUUGAUGCUUUAAUGAGUCAACAGCCAAAAUCAAGAUAUUUGGUUGCUACUUUUAAGGAAAAAUGUUGUCUUUAUGCUUUUUACUAUUUACCAGCAUCUCUAAUGGAUUUAUUUCUUUCCUUCAAAUAAUUCUUUAAGGAUCCUGAAAUAAUAAAAUUUAAAAAUACUAUGGCAAAUCUAUGAUUCACUUAUCAGAAACAGAAAAACAUCCCCCAAAGUCAUAUUGAAUAGAAUUUUAAGAACCAGGAUGCCUGAAAAUAUAGUUUUAAAUUAUUAAAUUAUUAAAGCCAUUAAAAUUAAAAUAUAAUUUACAGCCAAAAUAUCAAUUUUGUACACCUUUGGGAAACAUGAACAUAUGACCACAUUUUCAAUGAAAAUAAAUGAAUUUUGAAUAUACUAAAUAAUUAUCUGAUCCUUUUUAAUCCAGGCUAAACAUGCCAAUUAACUUCAGUCAAUGUAUAAUAUUAAUAUGAACUACUACUCCCCUCUACCAUUUUAAUGGUUGUUCUUCUCUGAACCUUGUCUACCUUAUCAAUAUCCCUCCUAAAACAUUAUUCUUAGAACUGAAUAUAGGACUUACGGGACAGAAUAUAGUAGGGCAUUAUCAUCUGAAAUGUUGCUGGAAGGUAUGCUUUUCUUAGUGUGGCCA